UUGAUAGUAGAGCGUCGAGAACCUAGACACGACUCGGUGAACCUGAAAGUUGCGCCCGACCGAACAGUAGGUUCACGGUGCUCCUAGGAGAUUCACGAUAUUAGACGUUGCUUCGUUCCGAUCGCGUUUUCUUUUAUCUGCCACGAAAAUGCCGAAAACACAGGAAACUAAGUUCAUCAAUUCGCUGUUCCUCACCAACCUCAUCCAGUCGCAGUACAACGAGACGGAGGUGAAGAUCAAGGUGUACGAUGUCGAACCGGCGACCGCGGACAUUAACGAUCCGUACGCGCGCUCUUCAAUGAACCGAAUUCUGGUGAAGUACACCUCGAAGGAAAACCCGAGCGAUGCGGCGAUAACGUUCGUGGCGAAGAUUAAACCAAGCGAGGGUCAGCUGGUGCAGCAGUUCCAGAAGACGGACGUGUUCGACAAGGAGAUUCUGGUGUACAAGUCCAUCCUACCGACCAUGGUCAACAUGAUUGCCAAGCUGGGCAGCGUCAUCGAGCUGGCACCGCACCUUAUCUACUCGUCCGAGGUGCCAUCCGAUCUGCUCGUCCUGGAAGAUCUCACCGUCCGAGGAUAUAGCGUCGAGAAUCAGGCGCUCGGUCUUACGCUCGACCAGAGCCGUAUGGCGCUGGAGAAGCUAGCCUUCUUCCACGCAGCCAGUGCCAUCAUGCUGACCGAGAACACGGUUCCGAACGGUGUGUUUGCAAAGUUCACCCGUGGUACCUUCCACAAGGAGCACCAGGAUCGGCUGCGCCAUUUCCCGGACGUUAUGGCGACCGUCUGUGAACUGGCGCCCGAGUUUGGCUACAACACCGAGCUGACUGAGAAACUCCGCCAGCUGCCACCUAAGACGCUCCAAAAGGCGAUCGAAGCGUACGAGAGUGAUUUCCGGGGUUUCAAGGUUCUGAACCACGGUGAUUUCUGGACCAAUAACAUCCUCUUCCGGUACCAGGGGAACGAGCUCGUUGACGCACUGUUUGUUGACUUCCAGAACUGUGUCGUCGGUUCACCGAUAAUCGAUCUGGUGUACUUCCUGGCCUCCUCGCCCGCCUACGAUGUGCUGCAGAAGCACCGGGACGAGCUGGUAUUCGUGUACCACGAAACGCUCACCCUGUUGCUGCAGAAACUCGGCUACAGUAAGCCAAUCCCGAAGCUGAUGGACCUGCAGGUCGAGCUGCUGAAGCACGGCUCGCUGCAGGUGAUCUACGCGCUCACCGUAUCCCCGUUCCUGCGCACCAAGGACGCCCAGAAUACGCCACCCAUGCAACCGACCCUGCACAGCCCGAACCAGAAGCUACCGGGCAAUGACGUGAAGCAGAUCUUGCGAGCUCACGCACCCAGCAUCGCGGCUCAGCUACGUGCCUUCCAGAUGGUGGGUCUGCUCGAUUGGGGUGCCACGGAGAGCAAGAUCAAGGGUCUCAUGUCCCGUUUCCAGCACUAACACACGAACACUUGAAAGGAAAACGCGAAAUACAAUCAUCAUGCCCCCAGCUCUGCGCUACUUACAUUUCACAAUC